CAGCUGGCAGAGUGAUGACUCUGAUUGCUGAUUGACUGCACCUGGUUGAAGCAGAGCCCAUUGGGUGUAUAAAUACUGGAUACUGAGCUUUACACCAGUAGCAGCUUUUCUCAUUGGAGUACUAGUGACUUGUGAGCAUCAUCAAUCACAGCAGAGCACUUGUGUCAGAAUGUCCAAGAAAGUGCUGAUUGUGUAUGCCCAUGAGAGCCCUGCCUCCUUCAAUGCUGCUGCCAAAGAUGCUGCUGUGGCAGCUCUGACUGCUCAAGGCUGCACUGUAGAGGUGUCUGACCUGUACGCCAUGAAGUUCAAAGCUGCUGCUACUACUGAGGACAUCACUGGUGGAGUGAAGGAUGCUGAGAACUUCUGCUACGCAAAGGAGAUCAAAUUGGCAUCAGAGGAGGGCAGACUUGCAGAUGACAUCAAAAAAGAGCAGGAAAAGCUCAAGGAGGCAGACCUUGUCAUCUUUCAGCUAACGGGUGUCAACAUCAAAAUGACCAUUAAACCUGUGUUUCAGUUCCCCAUGUACUGGUCAUCUGUUCCUGCAAUCAUGAAGGGGUGGAUGGAUCGGGUGUUGGGCUUUGCCUACGCACAGGAGAAGCGGUACAGUGAGGGGAUCUUCAAGGACAAGAAAGCCAUGCUGUCCUUCACCACUGACUGUCCUGAAUCUGUGUACAGUGACACUGGCAUCAAUGGUGACAUCAAUGUCACACUGUGGCCACUGCAGAAUGGGAUCCUGAACUACUGUGGCUUCCAGGUUUUUGCCCCUCAGAUCUUCUGGGAUCCUGCUACUGGUUCUCCUGAAUCUCGCAGCUCCAUGCUGGAGGGCUGGCGCAGACGACUGCAAAACCUGUGUGUUGAAGCCUCUGUGUACUUUGCUCCCUUGGAUUACUUUGACAAGGAGAAGGGUUUCCUGCUGAAGCCUGAGGUCAAAGAGAAAUAUGCCAGCAAAGAGUGUGGCCUCACAGUGGGGAUCCACAUGGGCAAGCCACUGCCAGCCAACAGCCAGACCAAGGCCGGGGUCUGA